GUCCAUGAUGGAUCAUAUCGAGGUCGUCAGGACUGAGAGCGAUUAUGCAUAGGUGUUGACCUAGGCCUCGCAGAAUACCAGCACGAUAGAUGGGCACCGUGGGCGUAGGGAAUUGUUCCUGUGCUGAGGUGACUGAGGACAGUCUGCGCAUGACACCGAGCAACUUGAAAGAUAUGAAUGCGCUCACAUCGGUUUUGUUUUUACACUCAAGUCAAAGUGGUGACAUGGAGCCAGGGACUGGUUGGUGGCAUCUGGGUGUAAAACAUAAUCGCGCCACCUCUACCCACAAUUUACAAGGCUGCGAUCUGAACGUUUGAAUUUCUCAACCAAGACGUUAUCUGAACCAUCUCACAUUUUACUGCGCCAAAGAUGGGGAAUGAUGGUGGAAGCAUACCCACGCGCCGCGAACUCGUCAAAGAAGCCGCUCGAAACCCUACCUCGUCGGAACUAAAGGACAAACAGAAAGAGCAUCUCGCUCAUCGCUGGUCAAAUUGUCCCAUUUCACACAAGCCGCUCGUCAAACCCGUUGUGUCCGACUACUCUGGCGAUCUAUACAAUAAAGAUGCUAUCAUCCAAUUUCUGCUGCCAGCCGAAGCAAGUUCGGUAGAUAAAGAGGAAUACGAAAAGUUCAUCCAGGGACGUGUCAAGAGUUUAAAGGAUGUUGUGGAAAUACAGUUCGAAGUCGAGCAUGACGAAAAGACCAGGUCCGACAAAUGGAUCUGCCCGGUAACAUCCAAGGAACUGGGCCCGAAUGUCAAAGCGGCCUACCUCGUACCCUGCGGUCAUGCAUUCUCUCAAGAGGCGAUCAAAGAGAUGAAGAGUGAGGGCAAAUGUGUCCAGUGUGCCACAUCCUACGAAGAGCGAGACGUCAUCCCGAUAUUGCCAAGUACUGAACAGGACAAAACCUUUGUGAUACAACGUAUCGAGACCCUCAAGGCGCUUGGACUGACCCAUUCUUUGAAGAAAGCCAGCGGAAGCAAGAAGCGCAAAGCAAAUGGUGACAGCAAGAUCGAGUCGGCACAGGAUGGUGUGAUCGAAGGCAAGGAAAAGACCUCGGACAGGAAGACCAAGCCUCCGCCAGCAGACGCAAUUCGAUCCGGUACAUCACAGUCGGGGACAACUGCAUCCAAGGCAUCGAAUGGAAUCAAAAAUGCGUCAACUGCGAAUCUUACUGCCCGGAUUCUCGAAGAUGAAGAAGCAAGGAAGAAGAGACGCCGAGAAAAUGAGAACAUCAGCUCUUUGUAUACCAAGAAAUCCGACGGCAGGAAAGACGGGGAUUUCAUGACUAGAGGGUUCUCCAUUCCAGCCAACGCUCGACAUCAGUGAUGAGGGACAAGAUUUUAUGCUUGACCGAAGUUCGGAUGAUCUUCGACAUGCUGUUAUGAGAGAGCAGCGACAGAGGUUGUAUUCCACAGCUAUAGUCCCUAAAGGCAAGAUCGUUUGACACAGGGUCUGGAUGAUUCAGCUUCCUCGGACUCGGUCCGCCAUGGAUCAACCAAGCGCAUAUCGAGAU